GUGACCUGAGUACUGGAAUGAGAGGGCCAUUUCUUUCCAGGCGAGGGUCAAACCCUCGAGAAGCCGAGCCAGCCCAUAUAGCCGCUUGCCUCAAGUGGGCGGGGGCCGGAAUCACCUGUCUCGGAAGCUGCAGGGAUCCGGCCACGUCGCCCCUCUCUGGGGCAAAGAGCCAGCUUUCCCCCAAGGGCUGGGAAGACUCCAGGCUAGACGCUCGUCCGAGCUACCUAAGGGCAGGAGCUAAGCUAGGCUGACUGGAUAGACCAAUGGAGGUCCCCUCCGCCUGACCUCCUGUCCCCACGCAGACCCAGCCUUGGCGCCACACAUCCCCCGGGGGGGCCGGCGCAGUCACGCGCGCCUCUCACUCGCGCUCAUACGCGCGAGGCUCAGCUGUCCUCGCCGCACACCUGCGCUCCGCCCCAUACUCCCGGGCCGGCGACAGGAGAAGGGAUUUGGGGAUCCAGGGCGGCGGCCGAGGCGCCCCAUCUCUUCCCUCUCCCGGGUCCAGAGUUAUCGAGAGCCUGCCGCGUCUCCCAAGCAGCCCGCAUCCCCCGCCAUCCUUCCCUCCCCCCGCCUGCCGCGGCACCGGUAUCCGCAGCCACAGCCGGGAGCCGGUGAGGCGGCGAAAGGAGGAGGGAGAGGAAUCAAGGGAUGAGCACCGGGAGGGCACCGGGGGCCCUGAGCCGGAGUAGGACACCCCUGGAGCCAGAAUCGGAGCCAGAGCCUGAGCCGGAACCAAAGCACCGGUACCGGCCCCCUGAAUCCAGGAGGCGCCCUGGCCCGCGCUCGCCCCCCAGGGCCUCAUGUCGGAAACACAGCCUGUCCUGGAGCCGCCCCAACAUGGGCUAUACAUGCUCUUCCUGCUUGUGCUGGUCUUCUUCCUCAUGGGCCUUGUAGGCUUCAUGAUCUGCCACGUGCUCAAGAAGAAGGGCUACCGCUGCCGCACAUCUAGGGCCUCAGAGCCUGACGACACCCAGCUCCAGCCCCCUGAGGACGAUGACAUGAAUGAGGACACAGUAGAGAGGAUUGUUCGCUGCAUCAUUCAAAAUGAAGCCAAUGCUGAGGCCUUGAAGGAGAUGCUGGGGGACAGUGAAGGAGAAGGGACAGUGCAGCUCUCCAGCAUGGAUGCCACUUCCAGCCUGCAAGACGGAGUCCCCUCCCAUCAUCACACAGUGCAUCUGGGCUCUUCAGCCCCUUGCAUCCACUGCAGCCGCAGCAAGAGGCCCCCACUUGUUCGUCAGGGCCGUUCCAAGGAAGGAAAAAGCCGACCCCGUGCUGGGGAGACCACUGUAUUCUCUGUGGGCAGGUUCCGGGUGACACACAUUGAGAAGCGCUAUGGGCUACAUGAACAUCGUGAUGGUUCCCCCAUGGACAGGAGCUCAGGCUCUGGUGUGGGGCAGGACCCAAAAGGUGGUCAUGGGGCUGGGGGAGGCCAUCCUAGGGCAGGGUUGCCUGCCAUAGAAAGGCUGCCUCCUGAGGAGCUGCAGCCUCAGGUCCUGGCCAGCCCCCCAGUGCAGAAUGGAGGACUCAGGGACACCAACCGUAUCCCUUGUGCACAUGAGGGAAACUCUGGAACCUCUGCAGAGCCGACGCUGGGGGCCCAAGGGAAGGGCCCAAGCCCAGAGCUGCCCAGUCAAAGGGCCAAUGAACAGCCAAGCAAACUGGACAACUCAGAUCACCAGGUGUCUCCAUCACAGGAAGCAGAGGGUAUAUAAGGUGAGUCUACCUGAGCCCCAAAUCAGGUGAUCUUGUCCCCCAACCUGAACUCCCUAAGCUCAUCAGUUCUCAACUCCCUGAACCCCCAGGGUGAAGUGCAGUUUUAGCCUGUGCUACAAAUUCCUCAGCUGAUGGUGGGGGGUGAGCAUGGACUCCAGCAGCUAGGGAAGGACCUAGAGAAAAGUUCAGAUAGAGCUUAAACAGGAAGCAACACUGUUACCCUUCCUCUCCUCCAAGCCUCUUCCUUCCUUGUACUGAUGGACUACCAGCGGGCAGGGCCAGGGGGGAGUGGGCAUGAAGGCCCUCCCUUUCACUGGACGGCACUGCCCCCCAGUUGAGGGACCAGCUCUACUUCCACUUGGAGUUGCCUGGUCUCAGCCUGGGGGACCACUGGAAAAGUUACCCACAUUCCUGGCCCCACACUCUUGUCUACAUCCCUUACCUGCCAACAGGCUACCUGGCCUGCCUUCCCCAACACCUCGCUCCAUAUGCUAGAGCGUGGCAGCUGGGACCAGGCCCCUGCCCUUGGUGGGCCCCUAAAGCAAUAGCACCUUAGGCAUCCUGCCCUCUUGGCACAAGAGGUCCAGGGCCUGACUUGGCCUUUGUGCCCUUUAUUCACUGUCAAUAAAUCCGCUCAGACCAUUACAGCUGCUUUGCA